GGGCUCCGACUCUCCUGCCGCUUCCCCUCCAGUUCAGCCGGGUCAGGGCCGGUCGGGUCCGGAUCGCAGAGCCUCCUUUGCUCAGUGCGGGCGCGCUCCGGGCGGGCCGGCUGUCUGGAGGAGGAGGAGGAGGAGGCUGGAGUGGGCGGAGGUCUGGCGGAGCCCCGCGGCUGCUGUCCUCCCCGACGUGGAGCGCCGCCGAGGCAGUUGUCGUCCUGCUCCGGAGCGCAGUGAGCUAGGCUGGAGACUCAAGUCCCGGCAGAGGCAGGUUGGGCUCGAGGGCCCCGCUAGAGCCGGAGGAUUGAACUGCAACCCCCCGAAACCAGCCUCCGCCAGUCCCACCUGGCUUGCAUUUACGUCACCUCCCCUCCUAGCCCGGGGAGCAGGGAAGUCCGCCGGGCUGGGCACCCGGCAGCCGUGUCCCGGUGAAGCUCCCGGGGCGGCUGGCGCGCGAUCUCAAGCAGAUGCGGGGUCCGCCGGCAGCGCAGCCAGCAGCCGCCCGACUUGCUAUGCCUCUGCGCUGCGAGAUAACCCGACAGCUCCAUGGAGUCUGAGCAGCUGUUCCAUAGAGGCUACUAUAGAAACAGCUACAACAGCAUAACAAGCGCGAGUAGCGAUGAGGAGCUCCUAGACGGGGCAGGUGCUAUUAUGGACUUUCAGACUUCUGAGGAUGACAAUUUGUUAGACGGUGACACAGCAGUCGGAACUCAUUAUACAAUGACAAAUGGAGGCAGCAUUAAUAGCUCUACACACUUGCUGGAUCUUUUGGACGAACCGAUCCCAGGUGUUGGUACAUAUGAUGAUUUCCAUACUAUUGACUGGGUUCGAGAGAAGUGUAAAGACAGAGAAAGGCACAGACGUAUCAACAGUAAAAAAAAAGAAUCAGCAUGGGAAAUGACAAAGAGUCUGUAUGACGCCUGGUCAGGAUGGCUUGUAGUCACACUGACAGGACUGGCAUCAGGAGCACUGGCUGGAUUAAUAGACAUUGCUGCUGACUGGAUGACUGACCUAAAGGAGGGCAUUUGCCUCAGCGCGUUGUGGUACAACCACGAACAGUGUUGUUGGGGGUCCAAUGAAACGACAUUCGAAGAGAGGGAUAAGUGUCCACAGUGGAAAACAUGGGCAGAGUUAAUCAUAGGUCAAGCAGAGGGCCCGGGAUCUUAUAUCAUGAACUACAUCAUGUACAUCUUUUGGGCUUUGAGUUUUGCCUUUCUUGCAGUUUCUUUGGUGAAAGUAUUUGCUCCGUAUGCCUGUGGCUCUGGAAUUCCAGAGAUUAAAACAAUUCUGAGUGGAUUCAUCAUCCGAGGUUACUUGGGAAAGUGGACUUUAAUGAUUAAAACCAUCACAUUAGUGCUGGCUGUGGCAUCAGGGCUGAGUUUAGGGAAAGAAGGCCCCCUGGUCCACGUUGCCUGUUGCUGUGGAAACAUCUUUUCCUACCUCUUUCCAAAGUACAGCACAAAUGAAGCUAAAAAGAGAGAGGUCCUGUCUGCUGCCUCCGCCGCAGGCGUCUCUGUGGCCUUUGGUGCGCCCAUUGGAGGAGUUCUUUUUAGUUUGGAGGAGGUUAGCUAUUAUUUUCCUCUGAAAACUUUAUGGAGAUCAUUUUUUGCUGCUUUGGUGGCUGCAUUCGUUUUGAGAUCCAUCAAUCCAUUUGGGAACAGCCGUCUGGUCCUUUUUUAUGUGGAGUAUCAUACACCCUGGUACCUUUUUGAACUGUUCCCUUUUAUUCUCCUAGGGGUGUUUGGAGGGCUUUGGGGAGCCUUUUUUAUUAGGGCAAAUAUUGCCUGGUGUCGUCGACGCAAGUCCACCAAGUUUGGAAAGUACCCCGUUCUCGAAGUCAUUAUUGUUGCUGCCAUUACUGCUGUGAUAGCCUUCCCCAAUCCCUACACCAGGCUCAACACCAGUGAACUGAUUAAAGAGCUGUUUACAGAUUGUGGCCCGUUGGAAUCCUCUUCUCUUUGUGACUACAGAAAUGACAUGAAUGCCAGUAAAAUUGUUGACGAUAUUCCUGACCGUCCAGCAGGCGUUGGAGUGUAUUCAGCUAUCUGGCAGUUGUGUCUAGCACUCAUAUUUAAAAUAAUAAUGACAGUAUUCACUUUUGGUAUCAAGGUUCCAUCAGGCUUGUUUAUCCCCAGCAUGGCCAUUGGAGCAAUUGCAGGGAGAAUCGUGGGGAUUGCUGUGGAGCAGCUUGCCUACUAUCACCACGACUGGUUUAUCUUCAAGGAAUGGUGUGAGGUUGGGGCCGACUGCAUCACGCCUGGGCUUUAUGCCAUGGUUGGUGCUGCUGCGUGCUUAGGUGGUGUGACAAGAAUGACUGUCUCCCUGGUGGUUAUUGUUUUUGAACUCACUGGAGGCUUGGAAUAUAUCGUUCCUCUUAUGGCUGCAGUGAUGACCAGUAAAUGGGUUGGCGAUGCCUUUGGUAGGGAAGGCAUUUAUGAAGCACAUAUCCGACUAAAUGGGUACCCUUUCCUGGAUGCAAAAGAAGAAUUCACUCAUACAACCCUGGCUGCUGACGUCAUGAGACCUCGAAGAAGUGAUCCUCCCUUAGCUGUUUUGACACAGGACAAUAUGACAGUAGAUGACAUAGAAAACAUGAUUAAUGAAACCAGCUACAAUGGCUUUCCUGUUAUAAUGUCAAAAGAAUCUCAGCGAUUAGUGGGAUUUGCCCUCAGAAGAGACCUGACAAUUGCAAUAGAAAGUGCCAGGAAAAAACAAGAAGGUAUUGUUGGCAGUUCUCGGGUGUGCUUUGCACAGCACACCCCAUCUCUUCCAGCAGAAAGUCCUCGGCCGUUAAAGCUGAGAAGCAUUCUUGAUAUGAGCCCUUUUACAGUAACAGACCACACCCCAAUGGAGAUUGUGGUGGACAUCUUCCGAAAGCUGGGUCUGAGGCAGUGCCUUGUAACUCACAACGGGAUUGUCUUGGGGAUCAUCACAAAGAAGAACAUUUUAGAGCAUCUCGAGCAACUAAAGCAGCACGUGGAGCCCUUGGCGCCUCCUUGGCAUUAUAACAAAAAAAGAUAUCCUCCGUCAUAUGGCCCAGACGGCAAACCAAGACCCCGCUUCAAUAAUGUUCAACUGAGUUCUGUAGAUGAGGAGAGAGAGGAGACAGAAGAGGAAGUUCGUUUGUUGAAUAGCACAAUUCUUUAAUAUGAGGGACUCGUCCACUUUUUUCUUCUUUAAAAAAAAAAAGGAAAGGAAAUACAAGCGGAGCUUUUGCAA